ACUAGUAAUCACAGUACUGUUCGUGGACUAAAGAAGACGACGGCUGUCUCCCUCUACCUCUCUCUUGUCUCCCUCUGCGGAAGGUACGAGCGACAGGUGAUCCCACCAUUUCUCAGAAAUUGGACACGAAAACAAAUAUAUAUCCCAAAGCUAGCGGGCAGAGGAUGCAGCAUCGCCCUUCCACUCUGGUUCAUCGUUGUGACAGGUUUGCCAGUGUAGCCACGAGACACAGUCACUAAAGACAGAGAUCAUGAAACAGUUUGGGGAGAUCACUACCUGGCUCAAGGGACACAUUUCCCUGAUUAGCCUGGUGGUUCUUGGGAUUGGAAACCACUUCGUAAGCGAUGAUCUGUUUUUCUGUCCAUGUGGGGAGAUUUGGCGACGAUAUGUGUUCACAUUUUCGUUAGCAUUUUCUCCAGCUGCUCUUCUACUUUGCUUUGAUAUAUCCUGGAAGACUGUGUAUGUAUUACGCGUGAUUAAUGGUUGGUGUUCCUCCUGUAAACCUGUGAUUCGUCCCAUACUGCUUGCAGGAGGGUGGAUAGCCUAUUUCUUUCUAGACCAAAAGUUUUCAGGCUGCAUUGCAGAUGACGGUACAUGCAACACGGAAAAAAAUAUCACCGAAUAUGGAAGUUUGAUAAAGACAGCGAUAGCAGGAGUCGUUCUUGGCAUUAGUCUUUUUCUGAUGGUUGGCAGGGUUGUGUACCAUAUCUGCUGGAAAAAGACAAUCUUGACUAAGCACAAUCAGCAGAUCGGCAUAUCAGAGAAUCUUAGUACAGAAGACUCAAAAACAAAAAGUGUCGGCUUCUGGAAAAAGUUUUCAAAGAAUUCUAAGCGCAAUCAGAAAAGCGACAUAGAAAUGGCUCCUGGGACAGAAGGCUCAAAAGAGAAAAGUGCUGGCUGCUGUGGACGGUUUUCAAAGACGUCAGAUCCAGAAGAAGAAACAUUAAAGAGGAACCUGCAGGGGUUGGACUGGGAGAUCUUGUCGUUAAUUGUGGACGAAGGUCUCAUGAAUGCUAAAGUCCUCAAGGAACUUAAAGACGCUGACUUCAUAAAGUUUCAGAACAAGAUAAACAUGGGUCAGUGGAAGACUCUGAAAGAAAAGUGCGGAAACAUAAAUUUGACAACACAAGGUUCUGGUGAAAUGAAUGUUCAGGCUACUUCUUCUGCUGUUGAUCGGUCUGCUAGUAGUUCUGCUGAUCAUGCUGCUGAUUCUCAUAGGAAUGAAAAUUCUCCUCAGAAUAUACAAAUGAUUUUGCCACCACAAGGUUUUGGUCUAGUAAAUGCUGAAGAUACUGCUACCGCUGCUUCUCAGUCUGCUGGUAGCUCUGCUAGUUCUGAUGCCGAUUCUUGUGCUAGUCACGUGGUUUACAUUCCGGAGGCGAACAAUGAAAUGGAACCUUUGUGCUAAAGAGGGAUGCAGAUGACCACCCUUAAGCCUGCGUCUAAAAACAGUAUCAUUGAAAUGUGAAUAAUUUGUUCAAGACUUCAUAGCAGCGAGGAAAACUGUCGGAGUUCCAGACCCAGUAAAAGAUCAGACUACUCGUAAUAAAAUACAAAACAGCAACACAAAUUAUUCUUAGCCUCGUCCCGCAUCUUCACAAUUUUGUACUUGUGACAUGACACGGUGACCUCAAAGAAAUAGCGGCCGUCAUGAGACGAUCGCACCUAAGUACUCCCACACAACUCAUUCGACCACCUGUUUCGUGUCCUGUUCCCUUUCCAUAUGAAUAUAUUGUAGAAAAAAAGGGUUUGUGAAAAUACCCUUAGCGAGUUUCAAAGUUUAUUGUGUAAAGAGAUAACAGCAGGGUUGUCCAUGGGACAUAUUUUUCUAUCCCAUCCCAUCCUAUGGCACUUUAUGCAUGUCCCAUCCCAUCCCAUCCCAUGGGACGUUUCCCAUGGGAUUCCCAUG